AACCUUCUGGUGCUGGUGCUACUUCUGAAACUCCGAGUGUCAAAGAAUGUUAUCACAUCAAUGCAAGCUGCGAGUCGAGAUGCUAGCUACGUUGCAACUAAUAUUGCAAGUAACAAUGAACGUCCGGAUGUACGUAGUGGUGCAAGUCAAGAUACAAGUGAUGAUGCACAUCAACAUGUGAAUCAAGAUCAGUGUGUGCCGUGCAACUGUCAAUACGAUGGAGAGAGAGUCAUAGCUGAUUGUAGGAAUAGGCAACUUGACAAAGUCCCAUCACAUCUACUAUCCAACAUAACUGAUCUCAAUCUUUCAGGAAACUACAUAGGUCGCUUGGAAAAUGGAUCUCUCAGUUAUGCACAUCUUACCAGAUUGGAUGUGUCUUUCAAUUGUCUCAAGGACAUUGAACUCGGCGCGUUUCAAGAGCUAAGAAACCUUGAAGUUUUGGAUCUCACUCACAAUCAUCUAUCGCCAACAAAGGUCUAUCGGGACGGGUUAUUCAAACACCAGGCCAAACUUAAAGUACUUUACAUUAACCAAAAUGUUGAAUCUCGUCCUUAUGACGAAAGCUUAAACCGAACAGUGGAAAGCCGACCAUUGAAAGACAGCUCAAAUUCUAGUUUCAUUGAGAAAGACAUUCACCAUAUGCAUUCUGGAAACCACUUUGGACGAGAUGCUUACCCGGGCUGUGCAUUCAAAUCCUUAAUCUCCUUACAAGAUCUGCGCAUUGAUGGACCGAUAGAACUAUACUUUGGAAAGGGAUUCACAUUGAAGCAGCUCCAGUCAUUAUCACUAGGGGGAGAGUUAAGGACGUGUUACACACGUUACUUGAGGAAUGACACAUUUGUGGAUGUGCCUCACUUACAGACUCUGGAUGUGUCAUACUGUCUGUUGAUUGACAUUGAAAUAUCAUCUUUUGAAGUUUUAAAGAAUCUUACAUCCCUCCUCGUGUCACAUAACAGAUAUCUGGGAAUUACAAAAAUGGGACAAGCUACGUAUGGACUGCAGAAUUCGUCUCUGAGAACACUAAACGUAAAUAGAAUAGGCCGAAUGAUGGGGCGUAGUACACUGUUGACAGUUGAAGAUGUCAAAUAUCUAAAGAAUACCAAGUUAGAAGAAUUGUACAUUGAAGCAAACAGAAUAGAAAUGAUUGAUAAAAAUGUAAUUAUUAACCUUCCAACGUCUUUAAAAAAAAUAUCUAUCAAAGAGAAUCACCUUUCGUUUGGGCUUUACUUGAUGGAAUUGUCGGUGUUGACAGAUUUGGAGUGGGUAGAUACGUCGCAUCAAGGUACAUCAUCAAUAUCCUUCUUUGACACUACAAGCCUUCAUUCGCGUCACCUUCUUCAACUGGAUAAAUAUAACAAACCUUUCACGGGAAAUGUUACAAUUUAUGUGCCUCCAAAUGUUACAUUUAUCGAUGCAAGUCAUUCAAAAAUGGCCUUUGAAGUCAUACGUUUCCAAAUUGGUGAAAACAAAAUUCGGGAGAUAGAUGUAUCGUUUAAUUAUUUUUCCUUGUGGACGGGUCCCAUCAUAGGAUAAACACACCUAGAAAAGUUACAUGCUUCUAACAAUUUC